CCCCUGGCUCCCGGAAGUAGAAGGGUCUGGCGUUGCCAUGGCGGCGUCUCUGGGGCAGGUGCUAGCUCUGGUGCUGGUGGCCGCCUUGUGGGGUGGCACGCAGCCGCUGCUGAAGCGGGCCUCCGCCGGCCUGCAGCAGGUGCAUGAGAAGACGUGGGUCCGGCAGCUGUUGCAGGAGAUGAAGACUCUCUUCUUGAAUACUGAGUACCUGAUGCCCUUCCUCCUCAACCAAAGCGGCUCCCUUCUCUACUACUUGACCUUGGCAUCAACAGAUCUGACUUUAGCUGUGCCCAUCUGUAACUCUCUGGCCAUUGUCUUCACACUGAUUGUUGGGAAGGUCCUUGGAGAAGAUAUUGGUGGAAGACAAGCAGUGGCUGGCAUGGUGCUCACCAUCACAGGGAUCACACUGUGCAUCACAAGCUCAGUGACCAAGACCCAGAGCCAACCGUCCUCCUCUUGAGUGGGCCAAUCCCGACCUUCAGUUCUGCUGUGCUCAGCAGGUGCUGGCAGGGGGAUAUCCCAGCUGGCCUCCCUGAACUUUGCCUCCUCAUCUCUGUGAUCACAUCUACCUCAGGGUCACAAUAAGAAUUGCAUGGUCCAGCCGGGCAGUGGUGGCACACGCCUUUAAUCCCAGCACUUGGGAGGC